CGAUUUGCGACGAGCUCCUGACGAUGAAUGGUCGAUUGAGGCUCCCACCCACAGGCCGUCCCAAAGUCUGCGAUUGAGCACACAGUCGAUUAACACUAAACCUCAAGGAAACGCUGGCUUAAGACACCCCUUGGCGAACAAUCUACGAGCGGAAUACCGAUAACGUGCUCCGCGAAACAGAAGAGGAGCUCGUUAAGAGGGCCAGACGACACCAACCAGAGUCCUGUGAAAGAAGUGUGUCAUCGGCGCCUCAGGCUAUCACCGGAGUUGAGCGCUUUCACCAAGCGCGCUGACCGCAAGGCACUGCCAUAAGAGUGAUAACUCUUCGCUCUCACCAUCCACGACGUCACGAUGCCACCCAGCAAACGAGCGCAUAAAGUUAAGAACACCACUGUACAAUCUUCCUUGGAUGGUCAGGAAGAAACUGAGUCAGUAAUAUCUCAAACCAAAAGCGAACACCGUAACAUAUACUAUCGGUUAUAUACAAAAGAAGGCCCACUCGAAUCAAACAACCCGAUCUUCUCCAACGAUCCCUUCAUCAGCCGCAUCUCGUCUAAAUCAGUGAGACCCCCUCAUACGGCGGCCUCGCUGAAGAAAUGCAUUUGCAAGAUUGAAGAUGUGGAAGGCCCGCAGAUGGGCGCUUUGUAUUCGUCGUUGUCAGAAAGGGAACCUUUGGAAGAUUCUGCUCGUCUUGUGCUCAGAGGGAACUCCGAGUCUGAGCCAGGCCCAGGAUCAUCUGAGGUUGACCCUAUAAUUCUCGUUGUUGACAAGGGCGCCGCUGAGAAGAGACCGAAGCCUGCGAGUAACACGGGCUCGAAUGAACUGCCCACAUGGAAUUCUGAACGAGAAUAUAUCUAUUACAGACUCUACGACGACGACAGCGAAGCCAUCUCAAAAACGUCAUUUGACGAGAACGACUCGUCUUUAGGCCGCAUCGACAUAUUUACCAUUCCCCCACCACACACAGUCGCUUCCUUGAAAAAUCGUCUUGUCCAUGUAGAAGAGGUCUCAAGCCAGAAUGUUCAAUUGCUUGAAAACGAGGAUGGAGAAGUUACAUUGAACGAUGACGAUGCCCUCACCCUUCUAACUGACGAUGUUCCCGGCUCGAAUGAGGAUCGGCCUAUGGUAUUCACAUAUACACAGACCGCACCCGAUAAAACAACGACACCGGAGAUUCCUUCCUUCUCGAAACGUCUCAAAGCUACAGGCGGUUGGGUUGUUAACGCAAGAAAGUCCGAUGCCUCUCUACGUACUGGACGCCGUGAUGUGAUUACAUCCUUGGCGAAAGACGUGAAAUGCAGCAGGAGCAUGACUGGACAGGGGGGCUGCCACGCCGGGAAGUUCCCGGAUUCAUGGGGCCAGAACAAGUUCACCUUCAACCUCGACAACAUUCUUCAGCAACUUGAACCAAUCCCGGACAAGCAGGGUACUACCGGUGACGCGCCCCAAAUCGCUAUCCGCAAAACAUGCAAAGCGCUGUCGUCGGUUAUCGCCGGAGUUGAGCGCUUGCAAAUAUCUCAAACGAAAAGCGAACACCGCAACAUAUACUAUCGGUUAUAUACAAAAGAAGGCCCACUCGAAUCAAACAACCCGAUCUUCUCCAAUGAUAGCUUCAUCAGCUGUAUCUCGUCUAAAUCAGUGAGACCCCCUCAUACAGCCGCCUCGCUGAAGAAGUGCAUCUGCAAGAUGGAAGGUGUAGAAGGCCUGGAAAACUGCGCUUUGUACUCGUCAUUAUCAGAAAGGGAACCUUUAGACGAUUCUGCUCGUCUAGCGCUCAGAGGGAACUCUGAGCCAGGCCCGGGAUCAUCUAAGGUGGACCCUGUAAUUUUCGUUGUUGAUAAGGACACCGCUGAGAAGAGACCAAAACCUGCGAAUAAUCCGGGCUCAAAGGAAUUGCCCACAUGGAAUGAACAACAGUAUGUUUAUUACCGACUUUACGACGACGAUAGUGAAGCCGUUUCGAAAACGUCGUUUGAUGAGAGCGACACCUCUUUGGGCCGCAUCGACAUAUUUACCAUCCCCCCACCGCACACAGUCACUUCCCUUAAAGAUCGUCUUGUUCAUGUAGAGGGGGUCGCAGGUAGCGACGUUCAGCUGUAUAAAACCGAGGAUGGAGAGGUUACCUUGAACGAUGGCGAUGCUAUUGACCUUCUCAGUGAUGAUUUUCCGGGCUUAAACGAGGAUCAGCCGAUAGUAUUCACAUAUACAAGGAAGGCUCCUGGUCAAACGAUGGCAUCCGGAAUUCCCAUCUUCUCGAGACGCCUUACAGCGAAAGGCAAUUGGGCCGGCGCGAAACUGGAUGCCACGUGGCACUCAAUGAAGACUGGAGAGAUCUUUCAAACAGACGGAGUUCAGAUAACAUUCAGGCUUGCUAUGUCGGAAUAA